UUUUAAAAAUCUGAUGAAACAUCGGAUCGCAUUUGACUAAGGCGCACGUUACGAAAACACUCCAGCGCAUCUAUUGGAAUAGUCAAUAAGCGUGAACAUCCGAAGGGUAACGUAUUGGCUAUUGGCUCAUGCUGCAGUAUAUAAGCGAAUUGGUUUACCGGCAGGACAUCAUACUGUAACUGCUGCUUUGAGGAACAAUUCAGUGAACCCGUGAAAAAGACAACAUGCUUCACUACGUCACGAUUGUUUGCCUGCUGGGAGCCGCCCACAGCGCACCGUCUGGCGGCAUCUACAGCCAAGCCAUCGGCGUCGAGGUCGGCAGUGUGUCGAACCCGUCGUACGGCUUCAACUACGCCGUGAACGACCCGCUGACCGGCGACAACAAGGCGCAGUCCGAGCAGCGCCAGGGCGGCGUCGUUAAAGGCUCCUACUCGCUCUCCGAGCCUGACGGCACCGUCCGCGUGGUCGACUACACCGCCGACCCGGUCACCGGGUUCAACGCCGUCGUCAAACGCAUCGGACCCGCCGCACACCCCGCGCAACUCGCCGCCCCGGUUGUCAGCAAAGCUGUCAUUGAACCCAUCAACAUCCCUAUCGGACUUAAAGGCGGACUCGGACUUGAACUAGCCGGACUCGGACUUGGCGCCCUCGACCUCAAAGGCGGCCUCGGCCUUGAGCUCGCCGGACUCGGAUUAGGACUAGACGCCGGCUAUUGGAAACACUAG